AGAGCUGGCCCUUUAAGAGUACCCAGUGGGCUCUGUGCCCACAGCCCCUUGUUCUGAGCACUGAGGCAUCAGGCUCUGCUCAAUGGGGCCUCCAGUCUCUGGGGAAGCUGUGCCUGCCUGGCUCUGACACUGACCAGUCCUCUCUGCCACCCCUAAAGUACACCCCCUCCCAAUCCAACCCCAGAAUGGCACUGCCUCCCAGUCCCCUGGCCAUGGAAUAUGUCAAUGACUUUGACUUGAUGAAGUUUGAGGUAAAGCAGGAACCCUCUGAGGGGCAAUCUGGCCCCCCCACAGCCUCACUGGGCUCCACACCCUACAGCUCAGUGCCUCCUUCACCCACCUUCAGUGAGCCAGGCACGGUGGGAGCUACUGAGGGCCCCCGGCCAGGCCUGGAGGAGCUGUACUGGCUGGCCACCCUGCAACAGCAGCUGGGGGCUGGGGAGGCACUGGGGCUAAGUCCUGAGGAGGCGGCAGAGCUGCUGCAGUGUCAGGGCCCAGUUCCUGUUGAGGGGCCCCAUGCCUACUACCCAGGGAGUCCAGAGGAGACAGGAGCCCAGCAUGCCCAGCUGGCCGAGCGGUUUUCGGACGCGGCGCUGGUGUCGAUGUCUGUGCGGGAGCUAAACCGGCAGCUGCGGGGCUGCGGGCGCGACGAGGCGCUGCGGCUGAAGCAGAGGCGCCGCACGCUGAAGAACCGCGGGUACGCGCAGGCCUGUCGCUCCAAGCGGCUGCAGCAGCGGCGCGGGCUGGAGGCCGAGCGCGCCCGCCUGGCCGCCCAGCUGGACGCGCUGCGGGCCGAAGUGGCCCGCUUGGCCAGAGAGCGCGACCUCUACAAGGCUCGCUGUGACCGGCUGGCCCCGAGUCCCGGGGCCGGAGGCCACGCCCACUUCUUCCUCCGCGCCUCUGGCUGCGGAAUGGUGGAGUCGGUGGGCGGGCGGCGGGCACCACUCGGGAGGUGGCUGUGCCAUUCACUAGACGGUUACUGAGCGCCUUCUGGUGCCAGAUACUUCUUUGGAUGCAACACAAAUAUCCCCAAACUUCCUGGACCCUCCAGGCAUGCUCUGAGGUUAGAUGCUGGUCAUUUUCUGAGAGAGGGGUCCCCUUCCCACACGCAGGAGGUGCACGGAAACCCUCCGCCUUCUAUCCCACUCCACCUGGCCAGGACACCGGAAUCUCCAGGAGUCAGACCCUCCAGUCAGUCAGGCACUGUGUGUGUGUGUAUGUGUGUGUAGGUUGGGGUAGGGGGAGCGCAUGAUGCACAGCGACUGGGAGGUGAGGGAGUGGUGCAGCUCCCCGCUCGGUUUAGAUUUUAAUUCAAGGUUUUCAACCUGUAGUGCAUUAAGGUGGUAAUUAGCAAUGAAGCUAUGUUUUCAUUCCAAGGCUUACAACCUCCCCGUUUUAGGACUACUGCAUUUUCAGGAUUGCAAUUCCCAAUACCAAGCCAGACCACGAACUCCACUCGAGAGGCUUUUCUCCUAUCCAACCUAGUGGCCUCCGCAGCCCAGAACUGCAAAGGCCUGAGGAGCUCUGGGGGUGGUUGGUGUGGACUGGAGGAGAACCCUGGGCAGGAGUCUGAAAACCUGGGUGCUAGUCUCAGCUCUGCCACGGGAUACCUCUGUCACCCUGAGGAAAUCACUUGCUACCAGGGUUUCAAUGACCUCAUCUAAUCCUCCUUUGGUUUGGAUGACUUCUGACACCUUUCCAGUUCUGGCAUCUCCUUAGUGUGGAAGCCCCAGUGGUCUCCUGAGAAGCCCCCAGUUCGGCCUCACCACAGGGACUUCCUGUCCUGCUCCAGCUUCCUGACUGAAGCCUAGGCCGUGGAUGAGCCCAUGCACUGGUCCUCUGUUGCUCCCUCUAUGCUGCCUUGGCCUCCAAACCUGCGUAGGGUGCCCUUGAUCCCUUCUGCCUCUGUGAGGGCUGAGGUAAGACUUUCCCCAGCCUGACAAGGAGCUGAGAGAAUUCAGCUUUUGUGAAUUAAACUUGAAGCCCAGGCAGAACUCUAUGCUAUUGGCUAGAUGUUCUUGCAAUUUAA